AUGGCGAAAACUCGACCCGGUGUCCCUUCAAAAAUCAAAACAGGGAGGAAGGAGCUUGACUCUUAUACCAUCAAAGGCACCAACAAAGUUGUCAGAGCUGGAGACUGUGUGUUGAUGCGCCCAUCUGAUGCUGGCAAGCCACCAUACGUGGCACGUGUUGAGAAGAUCGAAGCUGAUGCUAGGAACAAUGUGAAGGUGCACUGUCGUUGGUAUUACCGCCCUGAGGAGUCCCUUGGUGGUAGGAGGCAGUUCCAUGGCGCUAAAGAACUUUUCUUGUCUGACCAUUUCGAUGUUCAGAGCGGACACACCAUUGAGGGGAAAUGCAUUGUUCACACCUUCAAGAACUACACUAGGCUUGAAAACGUUGGUGCGGAGGAUUAUUACUGUAGAUUUGAGUACAAGGCUGCUACUGGCGCGUUCACCCCUGAUCGAGUUGCUGUGUACUGCAAGUGUGAAAUGCCGUAUAAUCCAGACGAUCUCAUGGUGCAAUGUGAAGGCUGCAAAGACUGGUACCAUCCUGGGUGUGUUGCCAUGACAAUUGAAGAAGCAAAGAAGCUUGAUCACUUUGUAUGUGCUGAGUGCAGUUCGGAUGAUGAUGUCAAGAAAUCGCAGAACGGGUAUACUGAGUCUCCAGCUGAUGAUGUCAAGGUGGAAACAAAGCGCAGAAAAAGAUAAUCACCAGGUUCUCAUGUGUAAAAGCCGCGAAGGGUUGGCAAGUUAUAACUUGUAAGCUCUUUGGUGCAUAUUUUAAGUAAGUUAGGAUUUUCUUUGCCUGUGUCCGUCUUUGUUGUGAUGAGAGAGAUGAUGAAGACAAGUUAUGGUGGCAGAGUCUGUUGUAUAGACUUCUCCGUUGGGGUCUUUAAGUUAACUUUUAGAUCUGUUUAUUGUGGGCAUGUUGUUUUGUGUCUGAUGAUUACAGACAAACAUGAAGAGCGCUUUUGACUUUGGGUCAUCUCAACAAAAAUUAACUUCAUAUCUG